AUGGAGAAGAAACAGAGAUGCAAGCUCUGUUUCAGAAAAUUCGCGAACGGGAGAGCUCUAGGCGGCCACAUGAGAUCUCACGUGAUGAAGUUUUACGCAGAGGAUUCGCUACCGUCUUCGUCUGAGGAGACGGAGUCAUCGAUCUCGGACACGACGCCGGAGGAACACGUGGCGCACUGCCUGAUGAUGAUGUCGAGGGACACGUGGCACAGGAGAUAUGAUAAGGAAGACGAAGAGAAAGUAAUUGUGAAGAAUAAAUAUCGGUGCGAGGAAUGCAAGAAGCUGUUCCGGUCGUAUCAGGCGCUGGGCGGCCACAGAGCCAGCCACAAAAAGAUCAAAGUCGGCGGGAUUAAGAUACACCACUGCCCCUUCUGCCACCGGAUUUUCUCGUCGGGGCAAGCGCUCGGCGGCCACAAGAGAUCGCAUUUCAUCCAGAAUUCGUCUACAAUUUCUCAGGUUUUUAGCAUAGAUCUGAAUCUGCCGGCGCCGGUUGACGAGGAUGAAGGGACACAAAUCGCUAUUUCAAUGUUGAGAAAAAAAAUACACAUUUAUUUGGCUAAUGUUGCUUACACUGUUGAAGUCUCUGAAAAACUGUUGGUUGCAGUAAUCAAUGCUGGGUCUUCAUGA